UAACAACUACAUACCAUCACUCUUGCCACCCGUUGCUGUUUGAGAACACAGAUACAUACAUUUUUGAGCUGUUUAGGUACGAAAGAAAAAUGGCUGAAAAGAUCAAACAGGUCGUGGCAUCAGUAAAAGGCUACACCAGAAAAGAUGAAGAACUGCCCACCUACCGAACUGAGGAGGAGCUCAAACGCCAGAAGAGGAUCAAAUUGUUUGCUUACAUUGGUAUUUUCAUCGUGUUUCAGAUCAUAGUGAUGACCGUGUUUGGUCUCACUGUCAUGAAAGUUAAGACUCCGAAGCUCAGAUUGGGUGCCAUUAGUGUCCAAACACUCAACUCUGUCCCUGCCACACCUUCCUUCGACACAACGUUUGCCACCCAAAUCAGGGUCAAGAACACAAAUUGGGGUCCAUACAAAUUUGAUGCAAGCGUUGUAACAUUCAUGUACCAAGGUGCUGCUGUGGGGCAAGUUGCCAUUCCAAAGAGCAAGGCUGGAAUGCGCUCCACCAAAAAGAUCAAUGUCGAGGUGAGUUUGAAUUCGGAGGCAUUGCAAAGCACCAACCUUGGCAGUGAUUUGAACAGCGGGGUCUUAACACUCACCAGCCAAGCCAAAUUGACCGGAAAGGUGGAAUUGAUGCUGAUAAUGAAGAAAAAGAAGUCUGCCAAUAUGGACUGCACCAUGAAAUUUGAUCUAUCCACAAAAACGGUGCAAUCUUUGGAAUGCAAGUGAGAUUGAACUAGUACUUUUGUAAUGUCAGGCAUCUUUAGCCUCAGCAUACCGAUUAGUUAUUAGUCUGUUAUGAUUUCGUUCUUCUUUCGCUGUGUGACACUUCACUUUGCCAUAGAUCUAUAAUGCUAUUUGUUGAUUUUUUUGGAUCAA